AUGGAGUUCGCCAUGGUGGGCGCGGACGGCGGCUGCAACAGUCACCCACCUUACGGAUAUGCCCAGGCUCGCGCACGCGAGAGGGAGCGCGGGAGGGAGCGACAAGCCGCGCAGACGCGAGCAGCCGCGGCCGCCGAGGCGGUGGAGGGCGGGGCGUCGGCCGCGACGAGCGCCCAUCUCCUUAGCAACCACCAGCAGCAUCAGUGUCGCGCCGCCUCCGCGUCCAACGCCAGCAGCAGUAGUGGCGGCGGUAGCGGCGGCGGCGUUGCGUCGCGUCCCUCCUGCUCCUCCUCCUCCGCCGCCGCCUCCUCCUCCUCCUCCUCGCAACCGCCACAGCAGAACCAGCACGACACCGAGCAGCGAGUUCUCAGAGGGCGGAAAAAGCAACGCGGCGUCGGACGCUGGAGACGGAGCCGGCCGACUCUCGGCGGGGACCUGCGCCACUCGGAGUUGGCGCUGCUUGGAUCCGAGGAAGAUAUCAUGAUAGAGGAAGAGGAGGCUGAGGGCGCCGAGGAGGAGGAGGAGGAGGGCGACGACGACGACGGGGGAAGCAAGAGAUCGACUUUUCUGUGUAACAUGGAUGAUGAGGAAGAGAGUGUCUCACUCACAGACAGACGUCCCCAGUCGGGGUAUGACAAUGUUUACAGUGAGUAUGGGUGCUGCGAAAGAGUUGUCAUCAACGUGUCCGGUCUGAAGUUUGAGACUCAGCUGAAGACUUUAACCCAGUUCCCGGACACUCUCUUGGGAGACCCCGACAAACGAAUCAGGUACUUCGACCCGCUAAGGAACGAAUAUUUUUUUGACAGGAACCGACCAAGCUUCGACGCCAUUCUUUAUUAUUAUCAGUCCGGGGGGCGCUUGAAAAGACCCGUCAACGUACCCUUUGACAUAUUCUCCGAAGAGGUAAAGUUCUAUGAACUUGGGGAGGAGGCGAUACUGAAGUUUCGGGAAGAUGAGGGCUUUGUCAAAGAGGAGGAAAAACCCCUACCGGAGGACGAGUUCAAACGCCAAAUUUGGCUGCUUUUUGAAUACCCGGAGAGCUCCAGUCCUGCGAGGGGAAUAGCGGUGGUGUCCGUGUUGGUUAUAGUCAUAUCCAUCGUCAUUUUCUGCUUGGAAACGCUGCCAGAGUUCAGGGAUGAAAAAGAAUACUUACAGCCACGACACAACUCGACCCAACCUGACCAUGGAUUUACCCCUUUCAACGACCCCUUUUUCAUUGUGGAAACGGUAUGCAUCAUUUGGUUCUCUUUCGAGAUUAUAGUGCGCUUCUUCGCAAGUCCGAGCAAAGCUGCUUUCUUUAAAAACAUUAUGAACUCAAUAGACAUUGUAUCCAUUUUGCCUUAUUUCAUAACUCUUGGCACAGACCUCGCCCAGCACCAGGGCAACGGGCAGCAGGCAAUGAGCUUUGCGAUCCUGAGAAUCAUCCGCCUCGUCAGGGUCUUUCGCAUAUUCAAACUGUCGAGGCACUCCAAAGGACUGCAAAUCCUCGGCCAUACCCUCCGCGCCAGCAUGAGGGAACUGGCGCUCCUCAUAUUCUUCCUGGUCAUCGGCGUCAUUCUGUUCUCAAGCGCGGUGUACUUCGCGGAGGCAGACGAGCCCACCUCUCAAUUCACGAGCAUUCCUGACGCUUUCUGGUGGGCUGUGGUCACCAUGACUACGGUGGGAUAUGGAGACAUGAAACCGAUAACUGUCGGCGGGAAGAUAGUGGGGUCGCUCUGUGCCAUUGCAGGUGUGCUAACCAUUGCCCUCCCAGUGCCGGUGAUCGUGUCCAACUUCAAUUACUUUUACCACCGAGAGACCGAUAAUGAAGACCAAGCGCCGGUUGUUGAAAGCAUGCCCCCGGGCUGCCCCUAUUUCCCGGACUUUCUCAAGAAAUUCAAAGGCUCUCCGUCCGGCUCCUCGCUCGGCGACAAGGCGGAGUAUAUGGAGAUGGAAGAGGGGGUGACGGAGUCGCUCUGUGGGUUAGACAAGAGCCCCAGUAAGGGGAAUGGCACAGACAUUAGCAGGAAAAACAGUAACUCGAAAUCGGUUCAGACUGAUGUGUGA